GAGGUGAGGCGCUGCGGCAGCAGCCUGGGAAGAACUGAGGGGACUAGACGGAGCUGCCAGAGAAGAGGAGGAGGCGGGCGGGGGAGGGGUGAGUGUCACCGAGAGCCGCCACCACCAGCCGCAGCCUCGCCAGGAGCGCCGCCAUGCCGAAUAAAAACAAGAAGGACAAAGAACCUCCAAAAACUGGAAAAAGUGUCAAAAGUGGAAAAGAAGGACAAGAGAACCCUGAACAUGAAGUGUCUAACAAGAAGGCAAACAGUACCCCCCCACCGGCUCAGGUAUCGAAAAUAAAGGUACCCACCCCUCAAGCUGUCGUAAAGAAGGAAAAGCGUCAGAGCUCCUCAAGAUUCAACGUGAGCAAUAACCGCGAACUUCAGAAGCUGCCAGCUCUCAAAGAUGUGCCCCCGGCCGAGCAGGAAAAGCUGUUUGUUCAGAAGCUGCGCCAGUGCUGCGUCCUCUUCGACUUUGUUUCAGACCCACUGAGCGACCUGAAAUGGAAGGAAGUGAAGAGAGCGGCUCUGAGCGAGAUGGUGGAGUAUAUAACCCACAAUCGCAACGUCAUCACAGAACCGAUCUACCCUGAGGUCGUUCACAUGUUUGCAGUGAACAUGUUUCGGACAUUACCGCCGUCCUCCAACCCGACUGGAGCAGAGUUUGACCCAGAGGAAGACGAGCCAACGCUGGAGGCCGCGUGGCCUCACUUGCAGCUCGUCUAUGAAUUUUUCUUGAGAUUCCUUGAAUCUCCUGAUUUCCAACCCAAUGUAGCAAAGAAAUACAUUGAUCAGAAGUUUGUCCUUCAGUUAUUGGAGCUCUUUGACAGUGAAGACCCCAGAGAGAGGGAUUUCCUGAAGACCACUCUCCACCGGAUUUAUGGGAAGUUUUUAGGCCUUCGAGCCUACAUCAGGAAACAGAUCAAUAAUAUAUUUUAUAGGUUUAUUUAUGAAACAGAACAUCACAACGGCAUAGCAGAGCUACUGGAAAUCCUGGGAAGUAUAAUUAAUGGAUUUGCCUUACCAUUAAAAGAAGAGCACAAGAUAUUCUUACUGAAGGUAUUAUUACCUUUACACAAAGUGAAGUCUCUGAGCGUCUACCAUCCGCAGCUGGCAUAUUGUGUAGUUCAGUUUUUGGAGAAGGACAGUACACUCACUGAACCGGUGGUGAUGGCGCUGCUGAAGUAUUGGCCGAAGACCCACAGUCCAAAGGAAGUUAUGUUUUUAAAUGAACUAGAGGAAAUUUUAGACGUCAUAGAGCCUUCAGAGUUUGUGAAAGUCAUGGAACCACUCUUCAGACAGCUGGCCAAGUGUGUGUCCAGCCCGCAUUUUCAGGUGGCGGAAAGAGCUUUGUAUUAUUGGAAUAACGAGUACAUCAUGAGCUUGAUCAGCGACAAUGCAGCUAAAAUCCUUCCCAUUAUGUUCCCAUCCUUGUACCGAAACUCCAAGACGCAUUGGAACAAGACUAUACAUGGCUUGAUAUAUAACGCUCUGAAGUUGUUUAUGGAGAUGAACCAAAAACUCUUUGAUGACUGCACUCAACAGUUCAAGGCAGAGAAGCAAAAGGAAAAGCUAAAGCUAAGAGAAAGAGAAGACGCUUGGGUUAAAAUUGAGAAUCUAGCCAAAUCCAAACCCCAGUACCCCAUAUAUACUGACACGUCCGCUCUGAACAGUCCUGUUGCAAUGGAAACCGAUGGACCUUUACUUGAAGAUGUACAGAUGCUUAAGAAGACGGUGAGGGAAGAGGCAUCUCAGGCUCAAAAAGAUCUGAAGAAGGAAAGACCCCUCGUACGACGCAAGUCAGAAUUGCCUCAGGACAUCUAUACCAUGAAAGCCUUGGAAUCUCAUUGCAGAGCUGACGAUUUAAUAACACAUGACGGGCAUUAGACUAUGACAGUUAUAAUAUUUUGUGGAUUUUUUUUUAUUUUUUAUUUUUUUUCCGGAAGCAGUUACACAGCAGAUUUUUUUUAUUUUUUUUGUGCCAUACCGGUCUGUUUCAUGCAGUCAGUUUUCUUCAACCCAGUUCUGUAGGCAAUAACCUAAACCGAUGUACAGCCUAAGAUCAGAUGUUCAAACAAUGGUAAAAACAAAAAAAUAAAAAAAAAAUACACAAACUUUUUAUCGAAUAUGCAGAACAUUGGGUUACGUGUUAAUCGCCGACCCACUCCAGCGACUGCUUACACACAGUUACCGGUAUCCUACAAGAGGUGGACCGUCUGUAGACCGCCACCCACUUCGCCGCGAUCGCGAACCACAUGACAGCCAUGCAAAACGACGAUGGUGCUGCAGAGAGACCUCUCCUGUACUGGUCCAUGUUACUAACCUUUCCUGUGAUCUCUUUUAACAGAGUGUCUGGUCUAAUUUCAACUAGGGGGAACAAAAAUGGAGGCUUUAACUGCAUGUGCUGCAUAGAAUUUUAUGCGCUAACUUUUUUUUGUUUUUCCUGUCUAUGCGAUUUUUUAUUUUUUUUUUGUUUUUUUUUUUGUUUUUUUUAAUCCUUUCUUCAGUUAUGUAUAUUGUUUUGCUUCAGACGAGCCUCUCAUUCUGUUGUAGUUUUUUUCCCCCAUGUAUUGAAAGCCAUAUUCUUGUCAGUCGCCGUCAUCCUCAUAUAUAUAUUUUUUUAAAGUAUUACAAUGCCAUUUCUAGAAAGUGCACUAACCAAGCCGUUGUGUUUCCAUUGGGUCAAUCAAGCAACUUAAAAAGAAAAAAGGAAAAAAAAAAAAAACAGGGAAGAAAAAAAAUCAAGGUGAUAAAAACAAAAAAAAAAUUGUGUUCAAAAAUGUGUUCUUGUUCUUGAAAUAAAAUACAGUUUCACUGCUGAUCUUGUUCCUGGGCACGGGCGCUGAGACUUUUUAUUUAUUUUUAUUAUUUUUUUGUUUCCUUUUUGCUCUCGUUUUUUACAGUAGAUCCUUAGGGGUAUUUUGUUGGUUUUUAUACUCUAUCUGCCAGUAGCAUGCAUGCAGACGGCAUAGGCUGUUGGCGGCUGAUAAAUGUGUACCGUAUAUUUUUUGGAUUAUUUGCAAACGUUUUAUAUAAAGGGGUUGAGUACAGUCAAAGAAAUUGUAAUAAAGGAGGAUGAGGACGAUUUAAGGUGGAAGUCCGCAGAGCUCACCGUUAAACAGGCUGUAAAUAUGGGCAAAUUGCUGUUUAACUUUAGAUGCUGCUAAACAUUCACCAAGGUUUCAUGAUGGCAAAGCGCCAAAAUAUUGUGCUGUUAUUUUUUUUUGUAGAUUUUAUUUUUGGCCAGUAUUUAUUUUUGCAUAUUUUUUUUUUUUAUAUAUAUAUAUUUCUUGCCACAAAUUGUAAAGUAUUAAGAGUCAAAUGUCUCGCGUCUGGCUUCAACAAUCACCCCUUCUGGUCCUCUGUGCAGCCAUAGGCUCGUGUAGGUGACCAUCGGCAGGAUCCGAUGACAGUGGGCACAGGGGCCCACUAGAGAUCAGCCUAGCAAGACUUUGAGGGUGGGCAGUUUCUCCUUGGAUAAUCCAUACCUUGUCCUCUUGGCUUGAUACCCAUGCUCAAACUUUUUUUAUUUUUAAUUUUUUUCUAUGACCCCCUCCUACCCAACUAGAAAUUAAAGAAUUGUUUUUUCUAGAUCCUCCUAAAGCAAAUCUCAAACUUGGCAAGAUCGAUUCACUUCAGAGGUCGGCAAAGUGAUAAAACUUGCACCAGACCAAAGACUUAUCUCAAUGCCUAUGCCAAGCUUUGCUUAGAUUGGGUCUACUGAAAACAUUUUUGGAAAAAAUCUGAUUUAAUAAGGUCAAAGGUAGUAGCUGGCAUGGUUUGACUUCUGGCUUGACAGAACAGUACCACUCGCACAAGUCAUGUGAGACCCGUUGUUUCCCCUAGCAAGUACCUAACCAUCUCUUUUAGCCUUAAAAGGCCUAUUUAUUACUGCCGUAUUAAUCAGAUUUUUGUAAAAAA